GGCGGCGCAGGCGCAGAUCGGGCCGUGGCGGAGGCGGCCGGAGCAAGUCCCCCGCCCAGCCCUACCGAGGGCGCCCAGGCCUCCCAGCCGGCGCUUUCAUGCUCCAGGAAGGUGCCGUGUCGGGUGGCGCUGAAGGAGGAACAGGCGGCAGGAAAUAUAAUAGCAGCCAUGAUAGAGGACAAAGGGCCAAGAGUGACAGACUACUUUGUUGUGGCAGGUCUCACUGACACAUCCACUCUUUUGGAUCAAGAAAUUAAUCGUUUAGAUACUAAGUCAACCGGACCUAAAGCUCCCAUUACAGACAUUGCUGUUAUCGUCAAAUCAGCUGGGGAGACAGUUCCUGAAGGUUACACUUGCGUUGAAGCCACUCCAUCAGCUCUCCAAGCAAACUUGAAUUAUGGAAGUCUGAAAAGCCCGGAACUUUUCCUCUGUUACAAGAGAGGAAGAGAUAAACCACCUCUUACAGACAUUGGAGUGUUAUAUGAAGGGAAAGAGCGGCUUAUUCCAGGAUGUGAAGUGAUCCAAGCCACACCCUACGGUCGCUGUGCCAAUGUCAACAAUAGUUCCACUACUUCACAGAGAAUCUUUAUCACUUACAGAAGGGCUCCCCUGAUUCGACCCCAGAACUCCUUGGCUGUGACUGAUAUAUGCGUUAUCAUAACCAGUAAAGGAGAAACCCCUCCUCAUACCUUCUGCAAAGUUGACAAAAACUUAAAUUCUGGAAUGUGGGGUUCCAGUGUGUUUCUGUGUUAUAAGAAGUCUGUGCCUGCUUCUAAUGCACUAGCAUAUAAAGCUGGUUUAAUUUUUAGAUAUCCAGAAGAUGACUAUGAGUCAUUUCCACUCUCAGAAUCUGUACCUCUCUUCUGCCUUCCUAUGGGAGCUACUAUUGAAUGCUGGGAUCCCCAAACCAAAUACCCACUUCCAGUUUUUUCAACUUUUGUACUGACAGGUUCUUCUGCCGAAAAGGUAUAUGGAGCUGCCAUCCAGUUUUAUGAACCUUACUCUCGGGAACUUCUAACAGAGAAACAGCUUAUGCAACUGGGCCUGUUGACGCCUGUGGAGAGAAAAGUGGUCUCCAAAUCCAUCAAUUCAAACAAAUGCAUUUGUUUACUCUCACACUGGCCUUUUUUUGAAGCUUUUAGAAAGUUUCUUAUGUUUAUCUACAAACUUUCUGUGUCUGGACCACAUCCUCUUCCUAUUGAAAAGCACAUUUCACAUUUUAUGCAAAAUAUCCCUUUUCCUUCACCACAAAGACCAAGAAUUCUUGUACAGUUAUCAGUCCAUGAUGCGUUAAUAUUAUCACAGCCAGUUUCUACACCUUUACCACUAAGUGGAGCCAACUUCAGCACCUUGCUAAUGAAUUUGGGUCCUGAAAAUUGUGCAACACUGCUACUCUUUGUUUUACUGGAGAGUAAGAUUCUGCUUCAUUCUCUUAGACCAGCUGUGUUGACUGGGGUAGCUGAAGCUGUUGUAGCUAUGAUCUUUCCAUUUCAGUGGGAGUGCCCGUAUAUCCCGCUUUGUCCCCUCUCACUGGCCGGAGUGCUCAGUGCCCCAUUACCGUUCAUAGUUGGAGUCGACUCAAGGUACUUUGACCUUCACGACCCACCACAAGAUGUUGUUUGCAUUGACUUGGACACAAACAUGGUAUACAUAUCAGAUGAAAAGAAGAGCAUGAACUGGAAGCAGCUUCCCAAAAAGCCGUGCAAAAAUCUACUUAGCACCUUAAAGAAAUUAUAUCCCCAGCUAUCUUCAGUUCACCGAAAAACUCAAGAAGGUUCAGCAGUUGAGAUGACUCCGAUUGAAGCAGAUUUCUCCUGGCAAAAGAAGAUGACACAACUUGAGAUGGAAAUUCAGGAGGCAUUUUUACGCUUUAUGGCAUCUGUUUUAAAAGGAUAUAGAACAUUUCUCAGACCAAUCACAGAGGCUCCUUCAAAUAAAGCCACAGCUGCUGAUUCACUGUUUGACCGACAAGGAUUUUUAAAAAGUCGAGAUCGUGCCUAUACAAAAUUCUACACCCUUUUAUCCAAAACACAAAUUUUUAUUCGUUUCAUUGAAGAGUGCAGUUUUGUAAGUGAUAAAGAUACUGGAUUGGCAUUUUUUGAUGACUGUAUAGAAAAGUUGUUUCCUGAUAAAGGCACAGAGAAAACAGAGAAGGUUGAUUUUGAUUCAGCAGAAGAUACCAAAUUGAUAGAGCUAGAUGACUCACAGAAAAGUGAGCACACUGUAUUCAUAAUGCCACCAGAGCCACCUCCUGAUGAUGGAAAGGACCUUUCACCAAAGUACAGUUACAAAUACUUUCCACGACUGGACCUUAAGCUUUUUGACAGACCGCAGGAGUUGAAACUUUGUUUUAGUAGACAUCCUACUGGGAAUAGCAUUACAAACAGUCCAGCUCUCAUGGCCAAGAGAACUAAACAGGAGAUAAAAACAGCUCAUAAGUUGGCCAAGAGAUGUUAUACAAAUCCACCCCAGUGGGCCAAGUGCCUGUUCAGUCAUUGUUACAGCCUGUGGUUCAUCUGUCUCCCAGCCUAUGUCAGAGUCUCUCAUCCCAAGGUGAAAGCACUUCAGCAGGCUUGCGAUGUGCUUAUUAAGAUGAGGAAAACAGAUGUGGACCCGCUCGAUGAGGUGUGUUAUCGAGUAGUAAUGCAACUUUGUGGACUUUGGGACCAUCCGGUUUUAGCAGUGAGAGUCUUAUUUGAAAUGAAAGCUGCUAAGAUAAAGCCAAAUGCCAUUACUUAUGGUUAUUAUAAUAAGGUUGUUUUGGAGAGCUCAUGGCCUAGCAGUACCCGCAGUGGUAUUUUCUUAUGGACGAAGGUACGGAAUGUGGUGCGUGGCUUGGCACAAUUUAGGCAGCCACUUAAAAGGACUGUGCCAAAGUCACAGUUCUCCUCAAUAGCAGCUCCUCAGAGUGCCACAGGUGGAAGUGAUGGGGACACGGUGAGCCACGGGAGCGUGGAUAGUUCUAAUGAUGCUAACAGUGGGGAGCACACAGUCUUCGUCAGAGAUUUAAUCAGGCUUGAUUCCACUGAUAAUCACUCUAGCACAGGUGGUCAGUCUGACCAAGGCUAUGGGUCUAAGGAUGAACUUAUAAAAGAUGGUGCAGAAAUUCAUGUGCCUGAAGAACAAGUAGCAAGAGAAUUGACCACUAGAGCAAAAAUGCAAACAGAAGAGGUCUGUGAUAUCUCUGCUCUUGUGACGAGUCAGUCACAACCUAGUCCAGAGCCACAGAGCCCCAGUGAAUCUCCUGCAUGGGGCAGCAGUAUUGUGAAAGUUCCAUCUAGUGUAUUUGAUAUCAACAGCAGGAUAAGUAGCACUGGUAGUACAGCAAAUGCGCCAUUUUCUCCUCCAGAUCCAGUGGCAGACGCCGAGUCCAGUGCAGUUACUGAUCUUAAGAAGAGUAGUGACAGAGGAGAAAAAAGACAGAAGCUUUUUCCAGCGAGGAGUUGCAGUUUCAGUUCUGAAAGUCGAGCAGGGAUGUUGCUGAAGAAGAGCAGCUUGGAUCUGAAUUCAAGUGAAAUGGCCAUCAUGAUGGGAGCAGAUGCCAAGAUUCUGACAGCGGCAUUGACGGGUCCUAAGGCUCCUCCACUUCGUGUCUCAGAACCACAGAGCUUGGAGAGUGUUAGCUGCCGUCCAGCUGAUACUAGGACGCGUGUGUCUGAAAGCACUUGGGAGUCGGAGCACAGGUCGUCUCCGGUGUUAGAGAUGCUUGAGGAGAGCCAAGAGCUCCUAGAACCCGUAGUUGAUGAUAAUGGAACUAAAGCUACCAUGACACAGGAUGCAUGUGACAGUGUACAAAAGGAUGAUAAUAGUAAUCAGUGCAGAGACUUGAGAGCAGAACCCAAAGAUCCAGUAAAUAAGAGAAAUAGCUUCUACGGUGUUGCUAAAGCUGUCGAAAGAGAAGAUGUGGAAGCUGGGCUGGAUCCUUUGUCUCUUUUAGCCACUGAAUGUACAGGAGAAAAAACCCCUGAUUCUGAAGAUAAAAUGUUUUUGCCAAUGAUUGCACGUAAUCUAGCUGAUGAAAUCGAGAGCUAUAUGAACCUAAAAAGUCCCCUGGGUAACAAGUCUUCUAGUAUGGAAUUACAUGGAGAGGGAAACAAGGAGUCUGCCACUACCACUGCAUUUCUUCACCCCUUGGAGAGAAGACCAAGCCUACCUGUAGAUCAUGGCUCCUCAGCACAGAAAAAUCCUGAAGGUGAAAAGAGCGCUUCUGUGGUGUCCAGGUCUAAUACUUUUACUGGGCAUUUCAAGCAGCAAACUCCUUUUCGAUCGUACAAGGAACGUCCAACUUCUUUAUCAACACUGGUGCGUUCCUCACCACAUGGCUCGUUGAGCUCUGUAGUAAAUUCCUUAUCAGGGCUAAAGCUGGAUAAUAUACUGUCAGGGCCCAAGAUCGAUGUCCUGAAAUCUGGUAUGAAACAAGCUGCAACAGUAGCCAAUAAGAUGUGGGUAGCCGUAGCAUCUGCUUAUAACUACUCAGAUGAUGAGGAGGAAACCAAUAGAGAUUACAGCUUCCCAGCUGGCCUAGAAGACCAUAUUUUGGGAGAGAAUAUGUCGGCUAACAUGAGUAUAUCAGGGUUGGUCUCGAGUGAACUUACCCAGAGCAACACCAGCCUUGGCAGUAGCAGCAGCAGUGGAGAUACAGGAAAAUUGCAUUACCCAGCAGGUGAAGUUCAAUAUCCAAGAGGCAUAAAAGGGCAGGACUUUGAAAAAUCAGAACAUGGUUCUUCUCAAAAUACUAGCAUGUCUAGCAUCUAUCAGAAUUGUGCAAUGGAGGUCUUGAUGUCAAGUUGUUCACAGUGUAGAGCUUGUGGAGCCUUAGUUUAUGAUGAAGAAAUUAUGGCUGGGUGGACUGCCGAUGAUUCAAAUUUGAAUACGACCUGUCCAUUCUGUAAAAGCAACUUCUUGCCUCUUCUCAACGUAGAAUUUAAAGACUUGAGGAGUUCUGCGAGUUUUUUCCUGAAACCAAGUACCUCUGGUGACAGUUUACAAAGUGGCAGUAUUCCAUUGGCAACUGAACCUCUGGAGCAUAAACCUGUAUCCAGUUCAGCAGAACCAGACUUGAUCAACUUUAUGGAUUUACCAAAACAUACCCAGACCAUAACUGAAGAAGCAAGCUCUCCAGUUGAAUCAAGUGAUGAACUAAAGAAAGCCAGUGGAGAUGAUGUCCAAACUAUGAAAAUUUCUCCUGUGCCUAAUAGUUUAUCAAAGCGAAGUGUAUCUUUGACUCGAAGUCACAGUGUUGGAGGCCCCUUACAAAACAUUGAUUUUUCCCAGCGACCGUUUCAUGGCAUUUCAACAGUUAGCCUUCCAAAUAGUCUGCAGGAAGUUGUGGAUCCUUUAGGGAAAAGGCCCAAUCCUCUCCCUGUUUCUGUGCCAUACUUGAGUCCUCUAGUGCUUCGUAAAGAACUUGAAUCUCUGCUGGAAAAUGAAGGCGAUCAGGUGAUUCACACAUCCUCUUUCAUCAAUCAACAUCCAAUCAUUUUCUGGAACCUCGUUUGGUAUUUCAGACGUUUGGACCUUCCUAGUAACUUGCCAGGACUUAUCAUCACAUCUGAACAUUGUAAUGAAGGCGUACAGCUUCCUUUGUCAUCUCUGGCCCAGGAUAGCAAACUUGUGUAUAUCCAGCUAUUAUGGGAUAAUAUCAACCUUCAUCAGGAACCAGGAGAACCUCUGUAUGUUUCAUGGAGGAAUCUUAAUUCUGAAAAGAAGUUGUCACUCCUGUCAGAGGAACAACAAGCAGCAAGCACGUUAGUAGAAAGCAUCCGGCAGAGUAUUCAGCAUAAUGACGUUCUUACACCCAUCAACCUCCUUUCACAACAAAUGAAACCAGACAUGAAAAGACAAAGGAGUUUAUACAGAGAAAUCCUUUUCUUAUCAUUAGUGUCCCUUGGAAGAGAGAAUAUUGAUAUUGAGGCUUUCGACAACGAAUAUGGACUUGCAUAUAAAAGCCUACCUUCAGAAAUUCUAGAAAAGUUGCAGAAAAUUGACGCUCCACCAAGUAACAGUGUAGAGUGGUGCAGGAAGUGCUUUGGGGCGCCUCUCAUUUAAGUUAAGAGAUGAACUAACUCUUGGGGACAAUAUAUAAUGAAUAGUAAUUCAUACUGAAUCAUCUCAAAAUGUAAAAUGACAUUAAGAUGCCCCAGGGUUUAUUGACAUUGAAGACUUUCAACUCCUAAACUGUUUCUCGGACCCUGCUGAAAAUGAGUUUUGGAUUUCUCAAUAUUUGUCUUAGUUUGAUGUUAAUAAUGAGAAACCAUACUCCUCAUCCUAGGCAUUUUGUUAAUUAUAUAUUUGAAGCUGUUUGGUUUGGGGAAAGGCAGAUUAAUGUAAACUUGCCUGGCCCAAAGACAAAUGAAAUCUCUCAAUUUAUAAGAGCAACUAUUUGUGUAUGUGUGUAUAUAUGUGUGGCUGUGUAGAUAUGUCUGUAUGCAGCCAUAUUAUAAGUGUAUAUUUAUUGAAAUUCUUGGAUUGUGUGUUGCAAUACAAUUUUCCGAAAGGGGUCUCAUUGACUGUUAAAUAAAUGACUACUAGUAAACUGGUCUUGUAGUCAUUAAUCUCAAAAUCACCUGAAAGUCUGAUGACAAUUGCCCUGCCUCUGACUUUAAAUUUAAAAUAUAUCUUUCAUAUUGUUUUAGCUUGCUUAAUGGAUUCUAUUUUGAAUAUCAUUACCUACUUCAGUCCUUUCCCUAGUACAAUGUUAAUUUGCAACACCUGUAAAAAUUGGAAUGAAUGGGCCAAUCCAAUAGUUUAAGUAAAAUUAGGGUAGCUUCAUAAUAAUUUACAAGGUUCAUUGGAACAUGCUUACACUGCUGAAGUGUAUAUAUAGUCUUUUGACUUGAAAUCUUUGUCCAGACACAUAAAUCUUUGCUAUUGCUCACUUUUUAAAACCUGUGGGAUAAACUUGCACUGCAGUUUUAUUCUUGUGUAAUACUUAGAUUUGUACGCUUGUGAGUAAAAAUGCAAGUUUGUAAAUAAUAUUUUUUAGGUUGAAUCAAUUAAGUCCUAAAACUUCAAAGCUUAUUGAGCUUGUUGUCAAUAGGUUUAAGGAAGUGACCUUAUAUGCAUCACUUUUUUAUGUCUUUUGUUAAAAAAAAAUCCCUUAGAAGCAAAGUUUGCCUUAACUCACUCUCUGCACAAUAGAAAAAAUCAGUGGUUGUGUGUGGGACGGUGCGGUUAAGGUCAGUCAGAUUUUACAGUAAUCAUGCAGGUGGCUGAAUCAGCUUAUUAAAAAAAAAAAAAAAAUCACUGCUGGGCAC